CUCGCUCGCCCGACUCGCUCCACUCGCUCUCUCUCUCUCUCCCUGUGCUCACUGAGUCUGCGUAAAUGCCAAGUUCAAUUUUAAUAAAUUUGACUCGAAGACUCACCGUCCGAGGACGGGAAAUCGAUUUCUACGUACUGGGCAACUCGAAAAAACAAAACUUGGACCUCUCCCAGUAGAGAGAGAGAGGAGAGAGAAAGUGGGUCGUUGCUGUUUUCUCCGUAGGCGAGCGUUUCCAGCCUUCCUCCCUCCUUCCGCCGCCGCCGCGAGCUUCCUCCGUCCGCGGUCGUCUCAUUCGUCGCCGCCCCGCCUUGUCGCAGAUCUGUCGUCGGCGGCUUCUUCUCGCCGGAGACGAGGGGAGCCCUGCUUCGGAGGUGGCGAGAGGAAAUGGCGGUGGUCGUCUGGCUGGUGGCGCUCUCGUGCUCCCUCGCGGUCUCGGAGGCCGCCGCCGCUUCGGCUUCCGGCGACGCAAUGUCGCUCCUGAGCUUCAAGAGCUCGGUGUCCGCCGACCCCGCCGGCCUUCUCUCCGGGUGGAACGUCUCGACGAGCCACUGCACUUGGCGCGGCGUCACGUGCGACGCGUCCUCCGGUAGGGUGGUGGCGUUGAGUGUCGUGGGAAGUUCGUCGCGGCUUAAUUCGACGACGGGAGAGAACUCGUGUCUCGCCGGGGAGUUGCCUGAGGGCAUCGGAAAGCUGACGGAGCUCCGCACUCUGUCGAUACCUUACAAUGCGUUCUCCGGUCAGAUUCCGGCGAGCAUUGGGAAGCUCUGGUUCCUCGAGGUUUUGGAGCUCCAAGGAAAUAACUUCUCCGGUGAGAUUCCUGUUCAAAUAAGGUACCAUCCGUUUCUUCGCUUGGUGAAUUUGUCGUGUAAUUCGUUAUCCGGUUCCAUACCGAGUGGUUUGAUUGGGUAUGGAAGACUAGCUGCGGUUGAUUUGUCCAAUAAUCAGCUUUCUGGUGGGAUCGAGGUGGAGAAAAGCGGUGACUGCAAGCUUUUGAGGCAUUUGAAGCUGUCAAAUAACUUUCUGGUGAAUAGUAUUCCACCUGAGAUUGGAAAAUGCAUCAAUAUCAGGACUCUGUUGCUUGAUGGCAACAUCCUCGAGGGUAGGAUUCCACCCGAGAUUGGUAAUAUCUCAGCUCUUCGAGUUUUAGAUGUUUCCCAGAACAGUCUCAUUGACAGGAUCCCAAAAGAGCUAACAAAUUGUCGGAACCUAUCUGUUAUCGUGUUGACUAAUUUGGUCGACUAUAGUUCGAAUAGCAAUGGCUCGAUGGAGAGCCUCAGAGGGGAGUUCAAUGCAUUCGCAGGGGGGAUCCCACAUGAAAUUUUUAUGCUUCCUAGUCUGCAGAUUUUGUGGGCACCGAGGGCGAAUCUUGGGGGGCGGUUGCCAAGUAACUGGGGCGAGUCUUGCUCGCUGAGAGUCCUCAAUUUGGGUCAGAAUGAUUUUGCUGGUGUGCUGCCUGAAGGCAUGGGGUUCUGCGGAAAGCUUUCCUUCUUGGAUUUGAGUUUGAAUAAAUUGAUGGGUCCUCUCCCUUCGCAGUUGCAGAUUCCAUGUAUGGUUUACUUCAACAUUAGCCAGAACAAUUUAACUGGCAUUCUUCCCAAGUUUCUGCAAGGCAGUUGCACCGCUAACAAGAUCUUCAGUGAAGAAAUCAUCAAUGCAGAAGAUCUUCAGAAUUUCAACUUGGUCAUUUGGACUUCUAGAAUGGGAAUUUCUUCUGGGUCCAAUGUAGGUGGUACCUCUGCAGUGGUUCAUGAUUUUAGCUGGAACAAUUUCGUUGGCCCAUUGCCUCAAUUUGUGUUGGGAGAUGAAUUUGUGGGAUCUGAUAGGAGAUCUUCAUACAGACUCUUAUUGAACAAUAACAAGUUCAACGGGUCUUUUCCUGUCAACCUAAUCUCGAACUGCAGUCAUCUUUUUAGCUUUUCAGUGAACCUGAGUGCUAACCUGAUACAGAGCACAGUUGAUGAGGUAUCGCAUUUAGAUUGUGAAGGGCUAUCCGAAUUUCUAGCAGCAGACAAUCAGAUUAGUGGGUCAGUUUCUCCCAGUAUUGCCAACUUCAUGAUGCUUCAGAUUGUCGACAUUCGAAGGAAUAGAUUACAUGGAUCUCUGCCUGGUCAAUUAGGGAAUUUGAAAAACCUCAAAUGGAUGCUUCUUGGAGGAAACAAUCUAACUGGGGAAAUUCCACCUCAACUUGGUCAAUCAACUUCACUAACUUUUUUGGAUCUUUCUCAUAAUGCUCUGACCGGAUCAAUACCUGCAAGUUUGACAAAUGCCUCAAAUCUUGUAAACUUGCUUCUUGACCAUAACAGCCUCUCUGGGGAGAUUCCUCAAUCUUUUUCGGCCCUUCGCAAUCUUGUGACUCUGAACCUUUCUUUCAACAAUCUCUCUGGCCAUAUUCCAUACCUUCAGCACGAGGGUGAUUGCAGUUCUUUUAGAGGAAAUGUUCUGCUUUCUUGCCCAGAUUCAUAUGUUACACCUCCAGCAGGGCUUCCAGUGCCGUUGGAAGUUAAAAAGUCUCAUGACGCAAAAAGCCUAAAGCCUCUCAUCAUUGCGCUGGUAAUUUCUGCUGCUGUUAUAUUGAGCGUGCUCAUAAUUGUGGUCCUUGUCCUUGUCUUUGGAAGGAGGAAGCUUAGUCGACUUACUAGCUUGAGAAGGAAAGUACUUGUUACCUUCACAGAUGUUCCCGCUGAAGUGAACUAUGAUAGUGUGGUUAGAGCGACUGAAAAUUUCAGCAUCCGGUAUCUAAUUGGUACGGGUGGCUUUGGCUCAACGUACAAAGCAGAGUUGGUCCCUGGUUUCCUAGUAGCUGUUAAGAGGCUCUCUGUUGGUAGAUUUCAAGGCAUUCAACAAUUCGAUGCAGAAAUAACAACUUUAGGGAGAAUACGGCAUAAGAACCUUGUUACUCUUAUAGGGUAUUACGUGGGAGAGACAGAAAUGUUCUUGAUUUAUAACUAUCUAUCUGGCGGAAACCUUGAAACCUUCAUACAUCAGAGGUCCGGAGAAAAUGUGAAGUGGCCAGUAAUCCACAAAAUAGCUCUUGAUGUAGCACAGGCUCUGGCUUACCUCCACUACUCUUGUAGUCCCAGAAUUGUUCACAGGGACAUUAAGCCAAGCAACAUUCUGCUGGACAAAGAGCUUAACGCCUAUCUUUCAGACUUUGGGCUUGCUAGGCUCUUAGAAGUUUCUGAAACACAUGUCACGACAGAUGUAGCUGGCACAUUCGGGUAUGUGGCACCAGAAUAUGCAACCACAUGCAGGGUUUCUGACAAGGCAGAUGUAUAUAGCUUUGGCGUUGUACUGUUGGAAAUGCUGUCAGGGAAGAGAUCAAUUGAUCCCUCAUUUUCUGAAUUUGGAAAUGGGUUCAACAUUGUGGCAUGGGCCAGGUUUCUAAUUAAGGAGGGCCGUUCAUCCGAGCUCUUCUCUACAGAACUACGGGAGGCUGGGCCCCUGGAUAACCUUUUGGUGAUGCUGAGGCUUGCAUCAGUUUGCACUGCAGAGUCACUUGCCGUUCGCCCCUCUAUGAAGCAGGUUGUUGAGAAGUUGAAACAGUUGAAAUCCUGAGUGGAAUGAUGCUUCUCGACUCUUUGUAUUCAGAUGGGAGAAGUUGGUGCCUCUUUUGAUUUCUGUAAAUAUUUAAUCAAGGAACAUCCAAAAUCUCAAGACACCGGAGAGAGCAUGGGAUCUUCCGUGGACUGAUCUCAGCCAAAUGUUUUACUUGGAGAAGAGUGACAAGGCACUCAAGCUAGUACUUGCGAAUUCUGUGACAGAGGAGAGAGUUCCAUGUCACUGGCUUGUACGCUCCCUGUGAUUUAAUCGGCUGAGUUUGCCUCGAUAGAGCAGUAACCUGAUGGUUAGAGUUGGAGGAUGGAUAGUGUCUGUGACAUGGGAUUUCACUAUAUUUUCUCACGGUGAAGAGCAACGUUCUGGUCAAGUCACGAUUCAUGGAGAUGCUGAACAGAGUCUAGGGCCGAAAGAGUAGAUCAGUGGAAUUUUUCUAUUGAAUGAAGCCCUUUAAGUUGCUUCAUUUGCAAAACAAGCCAUCAACAGAGAUGAUGAAUGGCGAUGGCAUUGUACAGAAUCAAUUUCUAACCAAUUAGCUUGUACAUUCUUAAGGGUUUGCUCACAUGCCCAGUUGCGGCCACAGGCUUGGAGAGUAUGGUCCACAUCGUGUUGUAGCACACUUACUAAAAAGUUUCCUGCUGUUUUGUUUAAGGAAAGCCGCCUGGCAGGAUUAUCAGCAUGAGAGUACCAUUUUCUUUUGGUCUAAA